GGCUACGCGCGCUCACAGACGCGCCAUUCCUCCAAUUAUCUAUCUGUUCGGGUUCCUCCAAAUUUUCCAAGUUUCCGACACAAAAUUAUGACCAGCUGAGUUUCCGUGUUUAUUGGUGUGGUCAAAAUAAAACACCACAAUGCCAAUCGGCAAUGUUAGUAAGGACUCUGCGUCCAAACGAGACAACUAUAGACCGCCCUGGGUAAAAGACAAGGAUACAGAGGCGCCCCCUCCGUGGACGCAGAAAAAACUCAAGCCUGUGGAUCCUAGUAAAGCAGCAGUAGAGGGGGAUGAGCAACAAACUCCAACUGUGAAAUCAAAACCUGGCUUAAAAAAACAAGCAACUGUUAAGGAAAAAAGUGAAAAUGGAGUCCCGGAACCCGUUGAGGAUAAACUAGUAAAACCUUCUGCAGCAAAACAAGCAGAUAAGGCAACAAAACCAGCUGAUGAAAAGCCACGGUUUACAAAGUCAGCUUUAAAGUCUACAGAUAAGACACCAAAGUCUGAUGAUAAAGUUGCAAACAAUAAACCGACAGAAAAAUCUGCUUUAAGAACAGUUAGGACUAUAGAUGAUAAAUCUAAAGAAAAGUCAGUCACAAUAGUGGAUAAAAAGACUCCUGAAAAAGUACGAGACAAUAAAGUUGAAGAGAAGUCCGAAAAACCUAUAAAGAAUGGUCAAACAAAAACAAACAAUACAACAACGAUAAGUGACAAAACUACAAAUGGUAGAAGUACUACAAAUUCUACUAAAGACGCUAAGCCAGUCCCUAAGGCUACUGAUACAUCUAAAGUAGAAGACAAAACUGAAAACAAAUCCAAAAUGGCAACUAAGCCCCCUACACCCCUUGAAAAGACUCCCUCUAAGCUUCCGCCCCGAAAACCAUCUCUACAAAAACAGCCAUCCAAAGAUGAGCCCGUAAAGAAAUGGAGAGAUCCAUUACACGAAAGAGUCAAAGAUAAUAUAGACAAAACUCUCGCAAAUGAAGUUCCUAAAGGACAUACACUAACAAAGAAUGAAAGCUUAAGAAGUUUACUCAAACCUACACCACCGCCAAUGCCUCCACCGAUGCCACCGAAAAUGCCACCUCCUCCCGAGUUCAAGAAAUCGCCUAUAGACCCAACGAGACUGAAAAAACUGGAACAACUCCGCAGUAGACCUAGGAAACGACCUGACUGGAGUGACAUGAUGAAGGAAGUAGAACAAGGCAGGAAGUUAAAGCACGUGGUUUGCAAUGAUCGAUCAAGUCCAAUCAUAACCAAAACAGCUGUUGUAAAGAAUAAAGAUCAAUUCAUUUUUGAAUCCGAAAAACCAAACUCACACAAUGAGCUCUUAAGAGAGAUUUCCAAAGGUAUUAGACUAAAAAAAGUAAAGUGUAAUGACAGAAGUAAGCCUAAUUUAGAAGGCUUAAGGAAGUUUAGAAGGCAAAUGACUAUAGAAGAGCAAGUUCAAAAAUCUAUGUCUCAAGCAAAUAUACAAGCAUCGCCUUCCGGAGCUUCCGUUGCUGAGGUUCCCGCAGUAACGACAGAAGAGGAAGAAAUCGAUGAAAUGGAUGACAUAGAUAAAGUUCGGGAUGAUCUUCAAUCUACAAAACAACUUUUAGCUAUUGAGCUUAGAAACAAAGAGGCUCAAGAGAGAGAAAAUAAGCGUCUUUUGACAAGAAUACAUAAUUUGGAAGCAGAAUUAGCAAGAGAACGAGCUAUAAUUAGACAGGAACAACACAAAACUGUUAUUUCUGUUACGGAUGCGUAUGAUGAAAGACUCGUCAAUAGCCUUAAGUUGGAAGUGGAAAAGACAAAAGAAAAUGCUGAUAGUUUAGAGAAACAAUAUUUGGAUGCUGCAGAAGAGAGAGAUACAGCAUUAACAGAAUUAGAAGAAGUAAAGAGAAGGAAUGCAGAGCUAGAAAAAAAACUAGAACAGGCAUUAUCAAACAAAAUAGAAGAAAUGUACAUAUCGGAAGAACCGCUCUCCUUUUAUCAAAAGAGGCAGCUUGAUUUCGAAAAGCAGUGUAGGUUACUAAACAUAGAUAUCAAUUCUCCUGAAGCUCAGGAGCUAAGGAAAGCUUCUAAUAAUAUAAAUAAUAACAUUGCUAAAACUAAUAUUGCUUAUGCUUACGGAGAAGAUGAGGGAAUUAUGCCUACGAACAUUGGCUCAAGACGGUCAAGUCACGCAAUCAAACAGCUAUCCGUUACAAAGGAUGACAGUUUUGAAGAAGAAGAAGAAUCAGAGGAAGAGGAGGAAGAGAGUGAAGAAAAGAAACAAAAACGAAUGGAAAAAGAAGUACGUAAUAUGAGAAACAAAAUCAGACAUUUGAAGGAAAAACAAGACCAUAUGAAGAGAGAAAGAAUGGGCUUUAAAAUGUCUUUGAAGAACCAACAGGCUGCACUUAAAGAUGAGAAACGAAAAUACAAAGAGUUGAAACGAGAAGUAGACAAGAUGGCGUCUAUGCUAAAGGAAGUUGGAUCUGAUGAAGAAGACGAAGAAGAAGAGGAGGAAGAAUCUGACGAGGAAAAGAAAAGCGAAACAGAAGAAGAAGAAACCGAAACUGAAACCGAACAAGAUACUGAAAGUGAAACCGAGAGCGAGAGUGAACCUGAGGAGGCUCCAUUGCCUAAAAAGAAAGAUAAUCUUACGAAGAGAGUCAAGAGACACGAGACUAGGGUGAAUGCUUUGAAGAAAGGCAACGCUCUUUUGAUGGCGAAUGUAGACCGGUUGAAGGACGACGUCCUGAAACAAAGGGAGGAGUCUGUUACGCUGCAGAAGGAGUUGGAUUCCUUAAUCGAAGAUCUUGAGUGAUACGAAAUGUGAUGAGUUCCGAAAAUACCAAAUAAAUAUUUUAUAAUUUUAUUCUAAUUCAUAAGUGAACAUAACAUAAAAUAAA